AUGUCCGAAGAUAAACCUUCCAAAAUCAAUCAAAAUGUCUGUGGCAUUUGCAAUGAAAACCAGAGCAAAUACUGUUGUCCCCGCUGUGAAAUAUUCUAUUGUUGCCUCGACUGUUACAAGUCAGAAAAACAUUCACAAUGUUCAGAAAGCUUCUACCGAGAAUGUGUUAAGAAUGAGCUUACUGCAAACAACGCUGACGAGGAAUCAAGAAAUAAAAUGAUUGACAUACUAAAACAUAUGCAGGACGAAGACAAUAUAGAUAUUGAGGACCUUGUAGAAUAUGAUGAUUCUCUCGACUCAGACGACGGAAAUGAUGUAGAACUUGAGGAGCGCCUAAAAGGGUUAAACCUUGAUGAUGCUGAUGCAGUAUGGAGUGCAUUAACAGAGGAUGAGCGUAAUGAGUUUGAAGCUUUAUUAAAUCAAGGAGAUGUGGGAUCCAUAUUGCCACAAUGGCAGCCAUGGUGGAUGUAUUAUCGAGAAAGGAAAAUUGUAGAAGAGGUUGAUAGAGAGGAUAAGGACAUAGAUGUUUUAAAGAAGUGUCCUGACUUGAAAUCAGUACCUAAGUUUGAAUCUUUGGUUACAGUUCCACCGUCCCCAGCCAUAAAGAACAACAUAACCAAUGUUUUAGCAUCAUAUGCAUUUAUCAUGAGAUAUUUUAAUGGUGAAAUUGAGCCAGUAGAAGGGGCUCUAUGUUUACUUAACAUUUGUGCAAAUCUGGAUUCAAAUACAAAUUUUGAAGAUCCUGCCAUUGCUGUGGAAUCUGUUGCACAGAAGUGCUUGCAGAGUGUAUUAGUAGAAACAGAUGAAGUCAGUCUAAAUGUAAUGAAACAAGACACUUUUCUCCUUAUAAGAGGACCCAGUGAAGAAAACAGCAAAUAUUAUUGUAAAGCAGCUCUGUCACAUUUGGAUCACAUACUUUCAAAAGCUAAGCAGGAACAGAAGACAAAAACUCUUGAUAGUAGCAACGCAAAAGACAAGACUGCUUUUUCUAGAAAAUUCCCAGAUCAUGACAAGGGACAUUUGCCCUCUUUAGACAUCAGUAAAGUAAAGAAAUGUAUAAAGAAAGUAGAAUACUAUUUAUCUUAUAUUGAAAGUUUUGAUAUGGAUUUUGAAUCAAAUAAAUAA